CUUGAAUUUCAGACCGGCACAAACCAGCUCUGCGUAUCUCAUUCGUUCCGGUAGUCUGCCACCAUUCUCACUGUUAAUGCCAAUCAUUUUAAACCACGCUGCUGAUCAAUACAUAUAGACUACUUAUGUGCAUAGUCGACUAUGGGCCACCACCCUAACAGUCACCACCACUCCACGGCGACGGAUGGAGUUUCGCCGCGGGUCAACAGUCCAAGGUUCUCGGGCUCCAUGACCCGCCGAGCCCACUCCUUCAAGCGGCCUAAUAAUGUCGGCGCUAAUCAGACCUCCCAUAGCAGUAGCGGCACUUCUACCUCGCUGAACACCCACCACGAGAUUGAUCUCAAUCUGAACUCGCCCAGAUCUGAGGGAAAUGCCAUCCCGCUUUUGGGCGACGGGUCCGAACCAGUGGUAGAGAAGAAACAGGCUCAGACCCACUUGAGUAGUGUGAUCCAAAGAGUUCAUUUGAGAAGAAAGAUUGGAUCUUUGGGUGUGGAUUUGGGUUUGGGUGGAUUGGAGCUCAAGGGCAAGAAGAAAUUAGGGCACUUAAUGUUCUUGCUCUUCUGCAGCCUGUGCUUGUUCUUGGGUCUUCUCAAGUUCUGUGCUUAUGGCUGGUUUGGAUCCGCUAUUGAAAAGACUGGAUUGAAUCAGGACUUUUCAGACUCUCAUGUCAAUCGCCAAACUAUGAGGCAUCAAGGGUCUCAUGAACAUUACAAUGGAUAUGCAGUGAGAUAUCAUGGUGAAAGAGAUGGAGGGAGUGAGGUGACAGAGCCCUUAAAUAUGCUAGCUUCAGGGGAGUACUCAGAGAUAUGGUCCAAACCUAACAGUGUAAAUUUCACAAAAUGCAUUGAUCGACCAAAAAGUCACAGAAAGCUAGAUGGAAAGACAAAUGGGUAUAUUCUGAUGAAUGCCAAUGGCGGAUUAAACCAGAUGAGAUUUGGGAAUGCAGAUCUGUGAUAUGGUUGCUGUGGCUAAAAUCAUGAAGGCAACAUUUGUACUUCCAUCUCUCGAUCACACUUCCUACUGGGCUGAUGAGAGUGGCUUUAAGGAUUUGUUCGACUGGCAACACUUCAUUGAGAGUUUGAAGGACGAUAUUCACAUAGUUGAGGAAUUGCCGCCUGAACUUUCAGGAGUUGAACCUUUCAACAAAACACCAAUAUCUUGGUCAAAGGUUAGUUAUUACAAAUCAGAGGUCCUUCCACUGCUCAAGCAGAAUAAAUUGAUCUACUUCACUCACACUGAUUCCAGGCUUGCCAACAAUGGGAUUCCAAAUUCUAUACAGAAGUUGAGAUGUCGUGUAAAUUACCAGGCAUUAAAGUACUCUGCUGCCAUUGAAGAACUUGGGAAAGCUUUUGCAUCAAGAUUGAGGAAAAAUGGAAACCCUUAUCUUGCUCUACAUUUAAGGUAUGAGAAAGAUAUGCUUGCUUUUACAGGAUGCAGUUAUAAUUUGACAGCAGAAGAGGAUGACGAACUUCGUACGAUGAGGUAUGAAGUCAGCCAUUGGAAGGAAAAGGAGAUUGACGGGGUAGAGAGAAGGCAGCUUGGCGGGUGUCCCUUGACCCCUAGGGAGACUGCCCUUUUGCUCAAGGGUCUUGACUUCCCUUCCACCACUACUAUUUACUUGGUGGCUGGUGAAGCAUAUGGCAAGGGCAGCAUGCAAUAUCUUUGGGAUAACUUCCCGAAUAUCUUCUCUCAUUCGACUCUUUCGUCAGGCCAAGAAUUAAGUCCUUUCAGGAAUCACCAAAACAUGUUGGCUGGUCUGGACUAUGUUGUUGCACUUCUGAGUGACGUUUUUCUUUAUACUUAUGAUGGCAACAUGGCAAAGGCUGUACAGGGGCAUAGGCGGUUCGAGGAUUUCAAGAAAACUAUCAAUCCUGACAGGAUGAAUUUUGUGAAGCUAGUCGAUGAACUGGAUGGAGGAAAGAUCUCGUGGGAAAAGUUUAGUGCCAAAGUCAAGAAACUUCAUGAGAAUCGGACCGGGGCUCCUUGUAUGAGGGAACCAGGCGAAUUCCCAAAGUUGGAAGAAAGUUUCUAUGCCAAUCCUCUGCCUGGUUGUAUAUGUGAGAAAGCCUAGAAAAAGUAAUUGAUUGGAUGAAAUAUAAUGCUAUCCUAAUCUCCUUAUUCUUGUGUUAACCUCCAAGUGCAAGAGCUCCCUCCAACAGGAAGACAUCCAUGUUCAUCUGCUUUGGCAUGAAGCUUUACUCUGACUUUCAUGCAAUUGCCAUGAAAUGUUUGACAUAUCAAGAACUUAGAAGCUUCGAGUUCCGCGAUUGGUGAUUCAUACCAAUAUACCAUCUGUUACACACUCGUAUACAGAAAUUACAGCGUUUCAUUCUUUUUUAAAGAAUUCCCAGAAUUCAAUUCUUUCUUGAUCAGUGGUUGCGUGUUGCAUGUUCAUAUAACCUUGUAGUAGAUCUGUGCAGACCUUCAAAACCUACAACAUGAUUGAUUUCAUUAGUAAAUGAUAAUGUGGAUAUAUUUGUUGCUGCAAAUAUGGCAGCAUAACUGGAGACACCCUUGAGAAAGCCAGAUUGUAGUGUACACAACUAUUCGG